AUGACUCUGCGUGAAAGGGUCCCGCAGUGGGGCCCCUCCCACGCCUGGCCGUGGACCCAUGUUUCCCUGGCAGCAGGGGUGGCUGCUUCAGCCUGGGCGCUACAGGCAUGGCUCCCCAUCCUCGGCGUCCUGCUCCUCGGGGCCGUGCUGGGGUGUGCAGCCACCGUGGCGGGCACGGUCGCUCUCUUCCUGGCCUUCACGCACGUCGGCAGCUUGAACGGGCCGGAGGCGAGCCCGGGCAGACAGGACCCCGCUCCGGAGGCCCACGCCAUGCCGCCGCCGCCGGACCCUGGGGCGUGCCAGGGCCGGCCGCCGCACACGACCCCAGUGCGGGGCUGGUUUGCCGGCCCGGUGUACCUGGCCCCCCUCUCCACCUGGCGGCGCGACGCCACCGUGGUCAAGUGGCCGCCCUCUCCCGUCACCGAGCCCAGCCUGGCCCCCUGGGAUGCGGUGCUCGACCAGGGCACGCUGGUGCUGACGCGCGGGGGCGUGGACGGCGUGCCGCCCACCAAAGUCGGCAUUCCCCUGGAGGGGUGCUCGGUCGAGCUGGUCAGGGAUGGGCUGAAUGGCCGCUCUGAGUACAUUCGGCGGGGUCCCCUGCUGAUAACGCAUGCCGAGUGGCCCCUGUUUGCCGGGGAGCAGGCCUUCUUCCUCUUUGCCUGUGAGUCGGGGUGGUAG